UCCCAGCAGUCUAUUAAAGGGACUUUGACACCUGCUUCCCGCCGCUUGACAGCGAGUAGGAGGGCCUGCCCAGAUGAGAGGUGUUUCAUAUAGCACAUCACCCAUGCUUUAGGGGAAAGUACACUACAGCACUCCUCUUGGACAUCUGCUGAGAAACUCUAAACAGGAACACAGACACUCACACAAACAUCAUACAGGAAGCUUGACACAUUCUGAGGUUUGUCUACGGGCCAACCAGAAGACAAGAGGCUCAUUCUGCAUUAUCAGUCCCAGUGUUUUCGUCUCGGUUUGCUCACUCAUCUCUCACGCCUGCACUGAGAGGCUGUCGGGCAUCAUGUCUCUAUCUGCCGAGUACUGCAAUGAUAAAACGGGCGACAGGGGUGGAGGAGGUGGAGCUGCUUUGGUCCAUCAGAGGAGACUGAUCCGGGUAUUGCUUGUUUGGGCCACCCUGCUCACUCUAGGCUUGGGCACAUCCAUAACUCUCCACAUCAUCCGAAGAGAUGCGCCAACUCCUAGUGCACUGCAGAAUCAAGAAAACGACAACCACCCUCCGUCCUAUAAUCAUCCUUUAAUGGAGUUUUUACCAGACUGGAAAGACACUGACAUGGUGGAUUUACUCCAGUGGAAAACCCUGCGUCCGCUUUUUAUCAGCGGAAGUAAUCAGCUUUUGGUGAACGAGUUUGGCCAUUAUUUCCUGUACCUAAAAGUUACCCUCGCCUCUCACGAGAAAGCAAACCAUACAAUCAUUGUGAAAUCCAAAAAAAGAGAUGUGAUUUUAAAAGGUCUUAUCAACGGAUCAAAACUCUCCAGCGUCUUAAUGGCUAAAGGCUUUUCUCUCGAUAGCGGAGAUACUCUAACUGUGACCUGCCAGCCGAAAGCCAAAAUCCAGAGCGCUCACACCGAAACCUACCUGGGUGUGAUCAAGCUCAAUUCAACAUGAAUCUAGAUCAAAGACUGAAAUGGAUUUGUGACAGUAUUGAAUGUGGACUCCCACUGCACUGAUCUGCUGGGUUUUGAAGCGUACGCCGAAGGCAUUCUGUACGUGUAUGAUAGCUUUUUCUGUUUUAUUUAUUUCUUAAAGUGACAUCUUCAAAUUUCUCUGCCUUUAUUGCACUAGCCUUUAUUUAAGCUUCUCCCCACUCAAUGGAUGAAGUGUCACUGAAUGUCCAUGUGUGGCCAAAUUCUGAUUACCAGUGUAAAAUUGGCACCCUAUUAAAGCACUUUAUAUACAUGUAUGUAUAUAUAUUUGUGAGAAACUGACCCUUUGCUGAAGUCCUGAACUGCUCCAAAUGUUUCUUGGUAUUUUGAAUACCUUAGUCCACACUACAACGACAGAAAAUUUGAAUGAGAUUAAGUUGGUAACAUUCGUUCAAGGGGACUUACAUUUGCUAAACGAAUGUUACCAACUUAAUGCUAAGCACGUUUAUAAUUAUAAUCAACACACCAUUUCUGCAGCGCGAACAUGUUAAGAUUUAUUUAAAGAGAAGGGGCAAUAAACACUUGCUUGUUUUCUCUUUUGUGCCACUAUUUUGUAUACAUUUGGAUCAUUUCCCACACUUUCUUGCAGCUAGCCAAACGCACAACGCAAAACCACCGCAGAAAUAGAAAAUAGCAAGAGCUAGUCUCAAAUGGCAGAUCAGAGGCAGCUAGUUGCAGCAAAGGUGGGAACUUAGCAAAGGGUCAGGUGCACAUAGAGCAAGGUAUCAGAAUACCUAAGAAAUCAGAAUACCGUUUUUUACUAAAUGGUUCCAUAAAGAACCUUUAACAUCUGAAGAACCCUUCUGUUUCACAAAAGUUUCUUUUUGAUGAUAGAAGGUUCUUCAGAUUAUAAAAACAAGAUGGUUCUCCUAAGAAAGACGUGGUUCUUCUUUAAUGGGUCUUUACGGAACCAAAAAUGGUUCUUCUGGCAUCGCUGUGAAGAACCUUUUAAGCAUCUUUACUUUUAAGAGUGUAUGCUAUUUCCAAGUUUUUGCCAACAGAGAUGUCAUUGGUCAGGUAUUAUAUUUAGGGUGGCAAACAUAUUAUGUGUAUGUGUGUGUGUUUUUGUUUAUUUCUUAUUUUGUCAUAUUUAUCUUUAUUUAUGGCUGUUGGUUAUAUAGUGGCAGCAAAAUGUUUUAUCAUACUUAAACUUCUAUGAAAGUCAUUGGAUUAAACUAGAGAACAAAUAUCAAACCAAGUGGUAUUUCUUUAAACAAAAGACCUGUUUAACAAUUUCAAGAAAGAAAAAAAAACUAUGACAAAUGUCACUGGACCAUGCCAAUGUAAUCAACAACACUUGUAGAUACGCAUUUGCAUGAAGAGCCGACUGCAUACACCCACUAAAAUCUUGGCACCAGCUGCUUAAAAGUCAGUUCACAAAUUGCUCAGAAAAGUGAAAGUAAUUCUGGGAAAAUCUCUAGCUUCCUUUAAGCAGAUGGCACAAGGUUAUUUAAUGAGGGUUAAAGACCUUCAUCUAAGAUGUUAGCUAACCCAACAAUCUGAUAUAAAAAGCUAUUUCAAUUACUAACACAAUUGCAUCAUUUGAUGCCUGUUGGACCAUUCGUUGGACAUAAGUGGACAUUCAAAUAAUUUCUAUAUAUCUCUAUAUAUUCUGUAUAUCUUCUCUACAAACCUCUAUAUGGAAAGAAGUGACAUUGUACUGACUUUUGACAUUGUAAAGACCCAAAUCACUUUUUGGAUUUACUAAAUAUGUCUGAAUUGAUAUUUUGGUAUAUGUCCUAAGACCUCCUUUCAAAUAAAGUUACUCAUUGUUAAACUGUAUUUUAUAGGCAUCUGCCAAAAACAUUAAAAAGCUUAUACGGUAUAAGGCAGCUGCUGGAAUAAACAAUGACAUACUUUCUGCC